CUGAAAAUUUACACCAAUAUAUCGUGUUACCGAGGGAAUUGCUGAAUUUGUAUGAAAACAUAAUCAGAUAAGGAAAAGCAAAAUUACUUCGCUUUUCUGGUACGCUGAAUACCCAGAACUCCCCCAAACUGGUAAAAGACCGGAUUUUCCAAAAACAGUGGAACUGUUCUAACGCUUAUAUCUAUGGAUCAAAAGUUACAAUCUGCUGUAAGCGAGUCAGCAAAUGUUACUGCAAAACCUCCUGUGCAACCAAAGAGACUAGGGCCGGUAAUGGGGUUCGUUUCUGGAGGUGUUGCUGCAUGCGGUGCUGUCACUCUUACCAAUCCUUUUGAAAUUAUAAAAACUCGUUUUCAACUUCAGGGACAGUUAACAAAGGUAGAUGCGUCUAAGAAUAUUUACAAAACUGUUCCACAAGCUUUCAAAUUGAUUCUAAAGCAUGAAGGAAUUCGUGGACUUCAGAGAGGUCUUGGAACUGCUUACGUUUAUCAGCUUUUCUUAAAUGGCUGUCGUCUUGGUUUCUAUGACCCCAUUCGUUCGUUUUUAAAUCGGAACCUUUUGAAGGAUCCAAAGGGUAACAGCGUGGCCAUCAAUGUGCUCAGUGGUGCUGGAUCUGGUUUCUUUGGUGCUUUGUUUGGUUCUCCUUUCUUCUUGAUCAAAACCCGUAUGCAGUCGUACUCUCCUGCUUUCCCUAUUGGUGAGCAGUAUGGUUACAAACAUAUUUUUGACGGUUUUAAGCGAAUUAUCAAAGAAAACGGUGUUCGAGGAAUUUUCGUUGGUGCUGACGCAGCUAUCAUCCGUACGGUAUCGGGUUCAGCCGUACAGCUUCCUAUUUACAACUGGGCCAAGCGCACUAUUGAACACAACAAUCUUAUGGAGGAGGGAACACUCAAACAUUUAACCGCUAGCUCUAUUUCCGGCUUUGGUGUAUGCUGUUGCAUGCAAGUCUUUGAUACCGUAAUGACCCGGAUGUAUAACCAAAAGAACAAAGAGCUUUACAAGAACCCCCUUGACUGUAUCCUUAAGACGGUACGCGCUGAAGGGUUUUUUGCCUUGUAUAAGGGUUUCGGCGCUCACUUGGCGAGAAUUGCUCCUCAUACCAUUUUCACUCUUACCUUUGCUGAACAGACAAACAAAUUGUUUUCUAAACUUUCCAAGGACUAGAGGGCUUCUUUCUUCUGUAAUUUAAAAAAAUGACAGAGAUUGUACAUACAUUUGCGUCGUUUCCUCCGUAGUCUGUGUUUACUAGAGAACUUUAGUAAUCAUGCUAAGGUGUACUCCUUUAAAUACGCUUAUUUUUGUUUAAAUAAGAGCUAUUUUUAUUUAUUGACAUGCAAAAGGUGUAUUUCUCGAGGUGCAUUUUUACGCAUUAAAGUAACCUAUGUUUA